AUGAAGUUUUCUACAGUCUUUACCGCUGCGCUGGCAAGCUACACCCUAGCUUUACCCAUCAUCAUCACCCCAGAUUCAACCACCGUCUCAAACCGUGGCAUUUCACAAGAAUUCACACCACGUAUCGGUGUUACCUUACCCACUGGUUCAAAAAAGGUACCACGCGCUAUAUCAGGUCGUAUUAGACGCGCGAGCAAGAACCAUGACAGUGUCAUUAAACUCAUGGACUUUGUCACUACGAGAGCACGCACCGAAUGUCAAGAUAUAAACGUUGCUGUCAGUGCAGUCAAGUUCGAGGGGUUAAAGAAUGAAGCCAUCACGACAACAGUCGACACCAUGAACACCAUCAGAACACUCCUCUCCGAAACUGUAUCUCAAUUGGAUACCACGCCAAACAUGGUGUUUACCCAAGAAGAGCGCCGCAAUUUAAUUGAUGAUGUACACAUUAUCACGAGCGAGUUCUUCAAGGCCACACAAGACUACAUCGAGACAUUGGGAGGCGCAUCGGGAGGUCGCUCAUUAUCCCGCGCAGCGCAUAUGCUCACCGAUGUACUGGAGAGCAUUGUCUCUAUUGACGCAGGAAUAGCUUCCGAUAUGAGUCGCAAGCUAAAACCUAUUUUCUCUGAAGUUGGCGACGAUGAUGAGGAUUUGUUGAACGUUGUCAUGAGCUCUGUGAUGAGUUUUGUAUCGUCAAUUGAGACUGCUACUACGUGUGGCACAGAAGAUUGUUUGAGCGAUCAAAACGAAGAAUUGAGAUGA